AUGCCGGGGAUGGAGGAGGCGGAGGACUACGAGUCGUGCGCCUUCUCGCUCACUUGCCCCGAAGACGGCGCCGAGCUCGGGGACGGCGUCGUGGACGACGGCGACCUCUUCUUGUUCUAUGUCGGCGGCGGCGCCGCCGCCGACGAUGAGGACGGCGAUGAUGAGUACGUGGAGCAGCUGGUCUCCAAGGAGGCCAGCUUCUGCUCCUCCUCCGACUCGGGCGACGCCGACUGCUCGUCGGCCGCCUCCGAGGACUGGUUCCUGCAGGCGCGCCUCGCCGCCGUCAAAUGGAUCCUUGAAACGCGGGGCUGCUUCGGGUUCGGCCACCGCACGGCGUACCUGGCCAUCGCCUACUUCGACCGCUUCUUCCUCCGGCGACGCGUCGAUAGGGCGGCCAUGCCGUGGGCGGCGCGGCUCCUGUCCGUGGCCUGCGUCUCCGUGGCGGCCAAGAUGGAGGAGUACUGCGCGCCGGCGCUGUCGGAGCUGCUCGUCCUGUCCACGCUCGGCUGGCGCAUGGCCGCCGUUACGCCCUUCGACUACCUUCCCUGCUUCUCCUCCCGUCUCGACCGGCACGACGGCCGCGGCGGCGGCGGGCAUGACCCUGCCCGCGUCGCCCUCAAGUCCAUCGGCUUCAUCUUUGCCACAGCCGAAGCCGGCAGUGUGCUGGAUUACAGGCCAUCUACUGUGGCUGCAGCUGCAAUCUUGGCUGCAUCCUAUGGAGCUCUACUGACCAAAGAAGCACUGGAGUCCAAGAUGGACAAUCUAUCUCCACCAUGCCCCAUUGAGAAGGAGCAUGUACAUGCCUGCUACAGCAUGAUGGUUGGCGACUUGAGAAACAGAAAGAGCAAUGGCAAGAGAUCAUUGCCAUGUUCAGACUCCAAUGAAGUUGCCACCAGUACAUAUGAUUCUGUUCUUGUUGACGAUGUUGCCGACACUGCUGCCUUCAUGGCAGCGGUGUCGGAGAUGAACAAGCGGAUCAGACUGGAGCCGCCGGGAAUCCAUUGA